AAUUUCCUCUCCACAGUGGAUUUUAUUGUUGCUGAUUCCACAAGUGAAGCUUGGGAAGACCUGAAUAAAGAGAAGAUACUCAAAAGUUCUUUGUUACUGCAUUCGGUAGAAAACUUUUCCCUACGCCUCCAACCAGUUAAUAAUACCAUUCCUACUGUUUCUGCAAAUACCCUUCAACUGCAAGGUAUAGUUGUCACAAAAAAUAGCAACACAAAUUUUAAUAAGAACUUCCGCAGUACAGAAAACCUCACAGUUAGUGUGUUCAUUGAUGAAAAUGAAGUUCAGACUCUCACACAAAAUUCAACCAUUGUCAGUGUGAUGUACUCAAAACUUGGAGGUAUUUUGCCCCAGAAUGAGCCUGAAUAUGUGAAUGGUUUACUGAUAACAACAACAGUGAGCAGCAACAGAAGCCAGAAGUUUGAUAUUAAUAUGACCUUUGCAAAGAAAAACUCAUCUCUAAAGACACCCCAGUGCGUCUUCUGGAACUUCACACUCAACAGCCACAGUGGGGGCUGGGAUACUCGUGGCUGCACACCCACAGAGGUAGAAGAUUAUGUCACUUGCUCCUGCAAUCACUUGACAUCGUUCUCCAUUCUUAUGUCACCUGAUACAUCCUCUCAGCUGAUGUUUGAAGAUUACAUUACCUACACUGGCCUGUCCAUUUCGGUCCUGAGUUUGGUGGCCUGCAUUAUAAUUGAAUCCUUAGUCUGGAAAUAUGUAACAAACAACACAACCUCCUACAUGCGCCAUGUCUGCAUACUCAACAUAGCUACAUCCCUCCUGAUCGCUGACGUUUGGUUCAUCGUCACUGCCUCCAUCAAUGACCAAAACCAGCAGAUGAGCAAACUUAUUUGUUUUGUGGCCACUUUCUUCAUCCAUUUCUUCUACCUGUGUGUCUUCUUCUGGAUGCUCAGCCUGGGCCUCAUUCUUUUCUACAGACUGGUCUUCAUCUUACACAACACAAGCAAGACCAUUCAGAAAGCUGUGGCAUUCUGCCUGGGAUAUGGGUGCCCCUUUGUCAUUGCAGUCGUCACCAUUGCUGUCACACUGCCAAGGAACAGUUACACCAGAAAGGAUGUCUGCUGGCUCAACUGGAAGGACAGCAAAGCUCUCUUAGCAUUCGUCAUACCUGCCCUAAUUAUUGUGGCCACGAAUUUGUUCAUCACGGCAGUUGUUAUAAUAAAAAUACUGAGGCCAACCAUUGGCGAUAGGUCAAACAGGCAGGAGAGGAACUCUUUGUUUCAGAUUGGCAAAAGUGUAGCCAUCCUGACACCACUGUUAGGCCUCACCUGGGGAUUUGGCCUUGCCACCAUCAUCAAAAACAGUCAUCGAGUUUUCCACAUUCUCUUUGCUCUGCUUAAUGCUUUGCAGGGUUUAUUCAUUCUGGUGUUUGGGACUCUCUGGGACAAGAAGAUACAAGAAGCCCUGCUGAAGAGGAAUUCAGUGUCCAAAUGGAGUUCACAGCAAACAAAGUCAAGCUCGCUGAUCCUGGUGACACCAAUGCUUGCUAUGAGCUAUCCAUUUGCAAGAACGUUUAACAACUUAUGUGGGAAAACAGGAAAAUAUAUUGUAUCCUCUUCAGAGCCAUCCAGCACUUCUUCUGAAAACAUUUCCAAGUCAUAUUCUUUGCUUAACUGA